GGGCAGGACGGCUCACAGGUUCUUCCCUGCUCCUGCAGCUUGGGGAGGUGAGCUGUGAGAAGGUCACCUGCCAGCCAGCCUGCACCGACCCUGGUCCGACUUCAGGGGACUGCUGCACCUCCUGCCAAGGGGUCUUGCUUCCUGUGGAAGGGAUGCCUGAGCUCUCUCCGCGGAAAGCCGCCCGGAGCCCUGGAGAAGCGGCCCUGACCCCCCGAAACUGCAGCGUCUGCCCUAGAGUCCCCCAGGCUGAUGCCCGGGAUCAAAAACCUCAGCGCCUCCAGGUUCUGUUGAGAAAGAACACGUCUGCUGCGGAGACUUUGCCCGCGAAGCCCCUGGGGCCACAGGCCUCUCGCCUGCCCCGGCAACGGCCAAGGGCUUUUCUGGGCUCUUGUUCCUUACCAGGGGUCUCGUGCCUCGAUCGCUUCACACCGGGAGCCUCUCAUCUACCUCCUGCCUCCCCAGAGGCUCCUCAGUCUCUGCCUGCCAUGUCAGCGACUUCCCUCCCACCAUCUAGGGUUCCAGGAACCCUCCAUACCCACUCAGGAUCCGAGGGGCUUUCGCCAGCCGUCAUCAAAGCGACAAGAUCUUCUGGGCCUGUUGAGGCCAAGCAGGACCCUUCAGAGCCCCCCACAGUCAGUUCAGUACUUCCUGGGUCCUCUCUCAGCAUGGCUAGACUCUCUUCCUCCUCUACGGUUUCUCCCAGCUCUUCCCGGCAGAAACCUACAGAGAAUCCCUCCCUUGAAGGAGAGCAGAGUGUAUAACGGCGUCUUGUUUGGAGGGCCAUGUGAGGAAGCCCAUGGGAGGAAUGGGGGAGAGAGAGAGAGAGAAACAGAGAGAGAGAGAGAGAGAGGGAGAGAGAGAGAGAGAUUGAGAUUCCUGGUCCAGGGAGUACUUGUGAUCACAUUUUGAGAUGUCCCUGGUGAAAAGGAUGGGGAAAGGCUUACCUGUGGGCUUUCACCUGAUCCCAAUGGUACCAAGCCUAUGCUGGACAGGAAUGGAAAACUGGAUGAAGCCCAGAUCUUGCCUUUCCCCUAGACAACACGGAGCCCAGGCAGAUGGUGGAAGGAAGCAGACCACGGCCUCCCCCAUCAUGUCAGGUCAUCUUCCCAGCCUCCUCUUUGAUUUUCUGGGAAAGGUCAGGAAUUUGAGAAGAGCUGGAGGAGGGCCUGGAGCUGGCCCAGGUGUGGACCGGCUUCAAAGACUUCUUCGUGGUUGUGUAACAUCUGGCGCCUCAUUCUUAGCCUGAGGCUUCCCAAUUAAAGGUUUUCUCAGUUACCCCAA